AUGGGAACCUCUGCAAACGCUGGGGCAGGUGGAAGAGGCGCCCCUGUCCCCAAAGAUGUUGACUACGCCAAUUACUUCUGCACCUAUGCUUUUCUCUACCACCAGAAGGAGAUGCUCUCCGAUCGUGUUCGCAUGGACGCUUACUUCAACGCCAUCUUUGAGAACAAACGACACUUCGCUGGCAAGACUGUUUUGGAUGUGGGCACUGGAAGUGGCAUUCUUGCUAUAUGGUCUGCACAAGCAGGUGCGAGGAAGGUGUAUGCAGUGGAAGCGACCAAGAUGUCAGAACAUGCCCGUGCACUCGUCAAAGCGAAUAAUCUUCAGAAUGUAGUUGAGGUCAUCGAGGGAUCAAUGGAGGAUGUUACCUUACCUGAGAAAGUUGAUGUGAUCAUCUCUGAGUGGAUGGGUUAUUUUCUUCUGCGUGAAUCCAUGUUUGAUUCAGUUAUACAUGCUCGUGACCACUGGCUCAAACCGACAGGAGUGAUGUAUCCUAGUCAUGCCCGCAUGUGGAUGGCACCUAUCAGGACUGGGAUAGGAGAUCACAAAUUGGCAGAAUAUGCGUCAACUAUGGAUGAAUGGCACGCCUUUGUUGACGAAACAAAAACCUAUUAUGGUGUUGAUAUGGGAUCCUUAACAAAGCCUUUUUCAGAGGAGCAAAGGAAAUAUUAUCUACAGGCAAGUUCUUGUAGGUUGCUUAGGUUUUUUAAUUUUGGGUUGGGUUGGAUUUUGGGUCACGUUGUCAGGUUACGUGGAUCUGGGACUUCUUCCUCAUGGCAAACUAGGGUUCUGUGGCAUGAUUUCCACCAUGGUUGUUCCAUGACACCUUUCUCUGAUGACGAAAGCAGCUGCAUGAGCGGCAACGAAAAAUCCAAUUCACUACUAUUGAAAGAUUCUAGUUCCAAAACUUAUUUUUGUGUGAUUGUGGUAGGAUUGCAUGCUGGACACCUGGACUGUAAAAGGGGCCUUCGCUGCUGUGAUGUUCUGGGCACCUUUUCUGCUGUAUCGUGUAUGGCUGAUAGGGCUGUAGUGUUUUCUGGUCAUUCUAAUCUGGUUCCUAAUGGCCUGGCCUGGGUGAGUGUCAGUGGGUGGCCUGAUGCCGACUCUGCACCUGUGAUUGUGCAUUCCAUCAUUGUGUUGGAGCUGGAAUUGUGUAUCUGUGUGCCAUAUGCCUUUGAUUUCUGCUUCUGCAUAUAUACAUCUUUGUGGAACAACCUUCAUCCACAUCAAGUCAUUGGAACUGCUGCUAUAAUAAAGGAAAUUGAUUGUUUAACUGCCACAGUGACUGACAUAGAAAAAGUUAGAGCAAAUUUUUCUUUGUCAAUAUCAAUGGAAAACACAAAGCUGUGUGGAUUUGGAGGGUGGUUUGAUGUACAUUUUCGGGGAAGAAGUGAAGAUCCAGCUGAACAGGAGAUUGAGUUAACUACAGCUCCCAGUGUGGAUUACGGCACACAUUGGGGCCAACAGGUUUUUCUCUUGCAUCCUCCUAUGCAUCUGAGUGAAGGUGAUGAUUUAAAGGUUUCUUUUCUAAUGAGUCGCUCAAAGGAGAACCAUCGUUUGAUGGAGGUUGAACUUGGAUGUGAGAUUCAUCAGCACUCUGGCAAGCUUCUUGCACCUUUCAAAAAUAAGUACUACAUUGAGUAA